GAGUUUUCCCAGCCCUGUUUUCAGUGUCAUCACAACUAACAGUCAUGUCGGGAGGAAAACAUUCGGUUAUCAUUGAUACUGAUCCGGGAGUGGACGAUGCCAUUGCUCUUCUCUUUGCGUUCCUCAGUCCCAACAUUGAUAUCCGGGCAAUUACUCUCACGCAAGGCAACACAACCAUUGAGAACGCUUUCCGAAACAUCAAGCAAAUCCUCGCGGUUCAAGCCGCCCAUGAACGAUACCUCGCGUCGACUGCUCCAACUGACAUAAAAGUUGCACCGCCAGCGGCUCUGGUUAGCCGUGAAAGUCCCGUUGUGAUUGCAUUGGGUCAGGGUAUCCCGUUGGAAGGAGAAGCAGAAUAUGCACAUCAUUUUCAUGGGGAGGAUGGGUUGGGUAAUUAUUUUACGAUGAACCCGCCAAAUGGAAGCGGUGAUGGUCAAACAGAGGCUGUAUCAAAAGCCGCGGCUGCAGCAGGGGCGAAGACGCCAGAUGCAGGUGCCGAGGGUUUAUACACUGUAAGUGAACGGAGUGCUGAAGAUGAGAUCAUCCAUCAGCUUCAAUCGCAUCCCGACAAAACUAUCACUAUUUUGGCCCUUGGUCCACUGUCAAAUGUUGCCAGAGCUAUGCAGAAAGCCCCCGAAACGAUGAAGAAGGUCAAGCACAUCAUUUCCAUGGGAGGUGCCAUUAACCACCCCGGCAAUAUUACUCCAGUUUCUGAGUUCAACUGGUUUGCUGAUGGUUUGGCCGCGCACCUUGUCAUCGCUUCCUCUUUACCCGUUCGCGUCCUACCAUUGGAUGUCACAAUGGUUUCUGCUGUUGUUGAAAGUCGAUACCUCUACGAACAUGUUGCGGCUUUGAGUACCCCGUUGAGUAACUUCGUGACGCAAAUCAUUCAGCAUAUUCUCCAGCUGACUGAGAGGUCAUGGGGAUAUCGAUGGUUGACCAUGCACGAUCCAUUGACGAUUGGUUGUCUGGUGGAUAACUCUCUUGUGGAGUUUGAACCUCUUCACUUUGAGGUGGAACCAAGUGGGAAGCUCACACGAGGAAUGUGUAUUAUCGACCGCCGACCACCGAAACUCAACGAACCCGCUCCCGCAGCUACAAAACGGAAAAACGUAGAAGUAGCUGUACGUGGCGAUACUCACAAGUUUUUAAAGCUGUUCUAUUACACCUUAUUCGGUCUUGACUGGGAUACGCUGAAAAAAACUACCAGUUGAUAAUAGAGCCAAAAUAGACGGAACCGUUAGAGACAAAUAGGGCACACCAGUUAGAUUGCCUAUGUACUAAAUGCGUCUAGAGAUCCAUUCUGCCACGUCA